AUCUACAUCCCUAUUCUUCUCGGGUUUUCUGACACCUUGACUUUUUCGAUCACCUUCAACCUUCACACUUUCACCACGAUCUUCGAUAGGUGAAAGAAAAUCAAACAAUCGUCAAACAAUCAUCAAACAUGUCUGGCUGGGACGAUCCCGCUCCGGCUUCUGGUGGCGGCGGUGGCUGUAAGUUAUAAUUGAUGUUUCUCUUGUUCGAUUUCCACAAAGCAACCCACGAUUGCUCUGCUUCUGUUUCCCCUUCUUUGUUCUCGAGUUUGAGUGAAAUGGUUGCUUUCUUGGGUCAUCUUCAGCCUGAAUGUUUGGGCGUUUCUGGAGGGGCCACUCUGCUUCUGUUUUUCUCUUCUUGUUUGAUUUUUAUUUGACAUUGUUUUUCAAUGACUAUCUUUUCGGUUCAGAACAAAGAUUUAUUCUAACUUCUUUAUUUAAUAGCUUGGGGUGCUGAGGCUGCCGCGCCUGUCGUGGCAGAUACUGGGGCAUCCUGGAGUGCAGGACUUAGUGCUCCAAUCGACCAACUUCUUAGUACUGGCGGUGGUGGUGAUUACGGAAAUGACACUUUUAAUGCCGGUGGCGAUGCCAAUGGUGGCUCCGCUGCUGAUGUGAAAUGCCGCAUGUAAGCUGCUUCACCGCGAUUUUAUUUUGGGCUUGAGCGGCUGACCGGUAACCUCGAACUCUAGUUGCUCUAAGGAGGGCCAUUUCUCGAGAGAUUGUCCCGACAAACCUGCUAACUUUGGAGCUUGUUUCAAUUGCGGAGAGCAAGGGUAUAUCUAUCGCCCCCGUUAAAGUAUUUCCGAGGAUAUUUACUUAUGAUUUCAUUAGACAUAACAAAUCUGAUUGUCCUAACCCCGCUACUCCUCAAGGACCCUGUCGGUAUUGUGAAAAAGAAGGUUUGUUAUUUAACUACGCCAGUGGGUUUUCUGAGCUAGGACUGACGUUAGAGGUGUUCAGGUCACUUCUCGAGGGAGUGCCCUGAUAAGCCGGCCAACUCCGGAGCAUGCUUCAAUUGCGGGGAGCAAGGGCAUGCAUACCACAUCGUUGUAUUCAGUUCAUGAGUGUUAGCUGACAUGACUCCCAGGCAUAAUAAGUCUGAAUGCCCAAAUCCUCGUAUCCCUCAAGGCCCUUGCCGUCACUGUGAAAAGGAAGGUUCGUUUUUCUACCCAUAAAAGUGUAUAUCUGAACGGAUUCUGACUUUGUUUUUCAGGACAUUUUUCUCGGUGAGUAUUGGUAUUACCUACUAGUCUAAGAUGGUGAUGUGCUGAAAGCUUGGAAAUAAAGCGAGUGUCCUGAAAAACCCACAGAGAUAUGUCGCAACUGUGAACAAGAAGGUUCAACCUCCCUGGGCUAUUCAAUCUUUGUAUCUUUUUUUUUGGUUGAGGGUAUUGACAAAUUCUUUAUAGGCCAUUAUACCGCCGUGUGCACUAAUCCUCGUAAACUUGAUCUCAGUCAUAUUAUUGAUAGAUCUCAAGAAGAGGCGUGGGAUCUCAUGAUGAAGGCAAGCGAUAGCAAGGAUUUCGAUAGCUUCAAACGGGUAUUACAUUGUGUAAGGAGACAUCUUGGGAGAUGCAGGUUUUGCUAACGGUUUGGGUAGCAUAUGCUGGAAUACCUAAAAGCCUCCCCCGGCACUAAGCUUGAUGAAAUUGAAAAAGCUAUGCGUACUCAAGGGUUGAAUUACUGGAUUUAUGCCUUGGUCUGAUCCCCCUCUUAUAAAAGUAAGCUAGCAUCUAAACCAUUCUAUUAGGAGCGUGAACCGGCCUACAACGAAGUUAUUGUUGGACCUUCCGGCGAGCUCGACUGCAAAUAUGUCUGGACCCUAAAUACUUCUGCUAGGCCCCGCCGUUCGAGGGCGAUUGCCCACCGUAUGGCAAGCACUCCGGAAGAGAACAUGGAGCGUCUGAAGAUUGCUGGUGAAAUUAUGCCUGAAACAAAGCCGUUCUGCCAUACCUGCAAGUGUACGUAUGAAGUAUCCUGGCUAGGUUGGGGAUUCUUGAACACGCUAACCUUUUUGUUGUCAUAGCCAAGGGUCACACAAGCAAGAGAUGCGAGGUCGAACGUCCGGAGGACGAAAUGGGUCGUGUUGUCCUGAAGUGUACGAACUGCGAUGCUCUUGAUCACCGCCGCCGUGACUGCCCUGAACCGAGAAAGGUUGAGGUGAACCGCAAUGCGUGUAGAAACUGCGGGUAAGUGUUUGUACUCUCUGUCCCUGGGGAAGGGCUAACCAAGUCUCCGAGUAGUGAGGAGGGCCAUCGAGCGUCUGAUUGUACCGUUCCUCGCCAGGCAGAUGAAAAUACUGAAUGUCGCAAAUGCGGCAAAAGUAUGUGUAACUUCUUAAUCCUGCCGUAUUCUCUUCCGAUGCUGAUAACAAGGUUUCAAAACUAGUGGGUCAUUUUAGCAAAGUGAGAAUUCUGCUUCAUGAUGUAUGUCUGAGCGUCUGUGCUGACCCUACCACAGGAAUGCCCUGAGCGUGGGGCUGGCGGUAAUAGUGAAUGCUAUAAUUGUGGCGGAGAGGGCCACCGUUCUUCGGUAUUGCUUUGACGGUGUCCCUAUCAACGUUGGGUCUUGGUUAACAGAGUCUAGGAUUGCACCAACGAGCGCGUUCCGAAAUGCCGCAACUGCGAUGAGCGUGGGCAUAUUGGAAAAGACUGUCCAAAGCCCAGAGAUAUCACGUAAGUGGACCCAAUCUUGGUUCUGGGGAGCCGCACUAACUAAAUAUCUCUAUAGUCGUGUCAAGUGCAAUAACUGCGGAGAAAGUAAGUGACCUGCUACUUGAGGUCUAGGGCGGAAGCUAACUACCGAUAGUGGGCCAUUUCUCUAAGGGGUGUACCAACCCAGCCAUCAUACAGGGUGACGGGGAACCCGAAAUAUCCUUCAAUGCUGCCGAAAAUUCCCGCAUCGAAGUGGUUCAGUCAGGGGCUGCCGGUGCUUGGGGAGGCGGAGCUGUGGACAACUCGUUUGCUGAAACUAUCGGUGGAUGGGCUUCCAAUGUUGAGCCUGUUGGAGGCGGCGGUGGUGGCUGGUAAACAUGAGUGAAGAGAUUUGGAAGUGUUAACGGACGAACAUGCUUUCUACUAUACACCGGUGCUAUAAAGCAAGACAUUGUCUGUGUAGCUUGCUUUCUGGGUGGGAAUAAUUUGCGUGUAAUUUCAUGAUGCUCCUUUUCGAUGCUCUCAGUUAGUUCCAAAUAAAUACGAGCUGUGAUAACUA